UUGGCUCUUUGUUGAAUGUACAUCGCCGCGACGUCUGCCCGCUCGCUCCCAUCCUACUGUCGAUGAUGGAUCGACGACGCCGACGGAUCUACGUCAUGACGAUUGUUCUGUGCUGCUGCAUCUCGUUGGCGAAUCCGACGUUCGUCAAGCCCGAUGACAAUCCCGACAUCGAACUCACGACGCCAGAAUUAGUGACGAAAUACGGAUAUUUCUUGGAGAUUCACAAUAUCGUUACGAAGGACGGCUAUGCUCUUCAACUACAUCGAAUACCGCGCGGCCAGGAUGAGGAGGAAACAAAAUUUAGAAUAAAAACGCCGAUACUCUUGGUGCACGGUCUAGGAGGCAGCUCCGCCGAUUGGGUCCUUAUGGGUCCUGGAAAGUCUUUAGCGUACAUAUUAGCCGAUGAGGAUUACGAUGUGUGGCUUGGAAAUAAUAGGGGCAACAUUUAUUCGAGAAAUCACACCUGGUUGUCGCCGACUGAUCGAGAUUUCUGGGAUUUCAGUUAUCACGAACUUGGUAUCUAUGAUCUUCCCGCAAUGAUCGAUUACAUUUUGCACACUACAGGAUACGAGAAGAUCUAUUAUGUCGGACAUUCGGAAGGUACUACGCAGUUCUGGGUGAUGGCGUCAGAAAAAUCCGAAUACAAUUCGAAGAUUACUCUGAUGAUCGGUCUAGCACCUGCAGCUUUCAUUGGCAACAUUCGCGGACCUGUCCGGAAACUCGCCAAGUUGACGUAUUUCGGCGUGUGGGUCGGCGAAACUUUUGGCUAUCCGGAAUUCCGUUCACGGUCCGAUUGGGCAAAAUUCGUAUCGAACCUAUUUUGCCAGAAAGCGGCGUCCACGCAAUUCAUUUGUAGCAAUAUCCUGUUUCUAGUCGCGGGAUUCAGUCGUGCGGAAUUAAAUACAGACUAUCUGACGGUCAUCAUAGGUCAUGUGCCCGCAGGAGCUUCCUGGAAACAACUCGUGCAUUACGGUCAAGGAUAUGUUAAUACAGGACACUUUAGACAAUACGAUUACGGUAACAUCGACAAAAAUCUUCAAUUAUAUAAUUCAACGACGCCGCCGGAUUACCAAUUGGAAAAGAUCACUGCGCCAAUUGCUCUUUUUAGUAGCGAUGAUGAUUGGUUAGCAACUACGAAGGAUGUGGCUCUCUUGACUGCGAAACUCAACAGCCUCGUGUUUCAUUAUAAAACUCCUAUUAACACCACCUGUAAUCAUUACGACUUUAUAUGGGGAAAGUCCUCUGUGCAAAUGGUGUCACGGCCUAUUUUGCAAUUGUUGGCUCAAUAUCAAUAGCGAUAUUUUUUCUGGGCUAAAAAAAGGAUAUCCUUUUCCAACAGAAAGUUACGAGUGUAUAUAAUGAAUC